AUGAUACAUAUUGAAUGUUUUCAUAUUUUAAUUGUUGCGAAGUACCUUAAGACUUCAAACGACUUUUUGAAUUUGGAAAUGGUGUGUAAAAAGUAUUAUAACUUUACAAAAAAUUUCCAUUUUAACCCAAUUUCUGUUUCAGAAAAUAAUUUAGUAUUAUUUCCAAAUCUAGAAACACUUCAUUUAUAUUCUCCUUGUGAUGAUUUUUUCCCAGAAAAAGCUUUCUUUCAAAAAAUUGUCCAUUAUAAAGUAAUACAUUCCAGUCUCCCAAACGCAUUACCAGAACAUGUUACAUAUUCAUUUGUUGAAUACGUAGUGAAUGGUUAUUAUUCCAAAGAAAUUGUCUCGAUUCCACCUCUAGUGACUUCAAUUAGUGAUGGGUGUUUUCGUGGAUGUUUUGCUCUUUCAUCUGUUUCUCUUUGUUCAACAGUAACUCGUCUUGGUGCCGCAUGCUUUUAUGGAUGUUGUAACAUCUCGAACAUUUCUAUACCCCAUAAUGUCAUUUUCAUCGGGAAAGACGCAUUCAAUUGGUGUUCCUCACUUGAACAAAUAGUAUUACCUAAGUUUAUUACAAAACUAGAAAAAACAACAUUUUGUGGGUGUUCAAAACUUAGUGAAGUUGAAUUACCACAAUAUUUAAUAAAUAUUGGGGGAGUCGUGUUUUUCUGGGUGUAG